GGGGGCGGGGCCAGCCCUGCCCGCGCCCGGCCGGGGCUGGGCAGCAGGGUGCGUUGCGCGGUGGCGCUGGUGUCUGAGGCGGCGGCUCCGCUCCUCCACCCCCCUCCGGCCCCGGUCCCGCCGAGACCGGAGAGCUGUCCUUUUUCAAGCCAGAGAGCGCGUCUGCCUUUGUGCUGAAGGAGGUGGGGCGAAGGCUCUGACCAGGUAGGUGUCUGCAGCAGGACACCUCACAGCCCCCCUGGCCAUCUCUCCCGCCUCACAGGUCAUUUCCCACAGCUUUGUAUCCUUGAUUCCCCAAACCGGGGAUAUCUUAGGAGAAGGACUCAGAACUGGGAUCCCCGGCAGCGAGCGCACCCUACGAGACAGAAGACCAAACUGCUCCACUGCAGUAAGAAGGAUUCUCGCUUGCUGGGGCCUGGAGCCGAUGGCAGACAAUGUCAACAACUAACAACAUAGCGCAGGCCCGGAAGCUGGUGGAGCAGCUCCGCAUCGAAGCCGGCAUCGAGAGGAUCAAGGUCUCGAAAGCGUCUUCGGAGCUAAUGAAUUACUGCGAGCAACAUGCCAGGAACGACCCGCUGCUGGUUGGAGUGCCCGCUUCGGAGAAUCCUUUUAAGGACAAAAAGCCUUGUAUCAUCCUAUAGCUUUCCUGGCUCCGGCGCGUGCGAUCUCUCAGGCAGGGCACCGUUCUCCAUCGACUGAAACCAAGUGACAAACGUACAACUGCGCCGAGGGGUAAACACUAAAUGUUGGAUUCGAAUAGAACUUAAAAUCUCACCCCCGAAAAAAAAAAAAUAAUAAUAAUUAUAUAUAUAUAUAUAUAUAAUUGCAAGCGGUUUAGGGAAGGGUGUCUGCUCCUGGGAAGGUGCCGCAUUGAGAGGGGUCAAAAUUUAACAAAGGAAAAAAAAAGUCAAAAAACCAAACAAACCGGGGUUGAGGGGUGGGGGGAGGUGUUUUUAAUCGCGAUAUUCGAAAUUGGUUACCGGGGCGGUGGAGCCAGCCGGGGGGGGGGGUUUAUUGCGUUUGCCGAUGGGAUGCAAUACCCGAGUGCGGGGACCUCGCGUGGAACAAAGCUCUUGAGUGGGGCCGAUCCAAUUAGUUUCCAAUUAGCGCAUGAGUUGCAGGAAUUUGCUCUGUUUCUUGAGAGGGCGCAAGGCAGAAGCGCCCAGGUGGGGAGCUAUUUUGUAGAAAACUAGUACAAAAAAAAAAAAGAAAAAAACAAACAAACCAACCACAACCCAACCAAAACACGGGCUCGAAAAAUUGCUGUUGCAGAUGGAUAAAAUGAGGCUGGGGGGGAGGAGGAAGGGGGGGGCGGGGGGGGUCCUGCUCCGCUCGCACGAGGGGACGGCACCGCGGGGAAACGCUCUCCGUCGCAUCCAUCGGGAGAGGGGGUUUCCGCCAGCGGCGCUGCGAGGCCGGGGGCGAACCCCUCUGAUCCCUUCUGGGGUUUCUCCCUCUUGUUACCCCUGAUUUUUCCCAAACGGGACCGUACCGGGGGCGGGGGGAGGGGGGAGGGAAGGGGCUUUCUGUUGUGCAGUAUCGCGUGAGAAAUCUUUUAAAAUUGGCUUUUUGGAGAGUCUCGGUCCAAAACACUACGAUUGGCAGAUUUACCAGGAUUUCCCAUCUCCCUUUUUCUCACCGAGAGCGGCGAGUGGGAGUCCUUCCGCUAAACCCGGUUCGUUCGGGGGGAUGAUGGGAUGGCUGGAGGAGAAACAGUUGGGUUCCCUCCCCUUGGAAUUCUUGAGAUGCGAUUGAAGCGGCGAGCGCUUUGUUCGCCGGGCGUCAGACGCAGGUGCCGCGUGGCCGGGGAUAACCCGGCGCGGAGCAGCCGGCGAGGAAGAGGGGAGAAGCGGGCGAGCCUUCCUCCCGCCGCCCAGCCCUGCGCAGCCACGGCAGCCCCGGAGCUCGGCUUCUCCGUGCCGGGGCGGGCGGAUGCUCGGGAGAAAGAUCAGAGCUCAGGGACGUCCCACCGCGUCUCCCCUCGCCAUCCCCGGCACCCUGCAGCCGCCUGAGCCGCGGCAUCGCCCACCGGCGUCUGUCGGGGAUAGGACGGGUCCCCGGCACUGGGUUCAAGCCGCCGAGCCCCGUCUGCGUCCGCAGGGCAGAGCCCGGGGCUCGGCGGCUCCUGGGGGGACGGCGAAUGCUCCCCGCGGUGGGCAGAGUUCCCCCACCAGCACGCCGUUCCCGGUUAUCCUCAACACCGUCCUGGGGUCUGAAUGCAGGUUUCGGUUUGGGGAGGAAAAGGGGGAAAAGAAAAAAAAAAUAACAAAAACAACCACCUGAGGUGAAAUUCUGGGAAUUUUCCCGUCCCCCCCAGUGCUUUGGGUUUGGUUUGAAAUGCCACGACUUCCCGCUGGGAUGGGAACCGCGGGCGGGCGACCCCGUCGUGGGACGGGGAGUGUUUCCGUGGCUGCUGGCUGCGCCUGGAGAGGGGAGACCCUGGGGCUGGGAUUUCGGGGACAAGGCUGAAGCCGCUCCGUCGGGGUCCAGCUGGAGGGAGGGACCCUUGCAGCCCGUACUGGACGCUGCCUGGGCUUAGACUGGUGGGAGUCGCUGGUCCCGGCAGGGCACUGGGAGGCUUUACUGGUCGCGUUUCGGAGACUGACAGUGCUCCCGGCGCCUGGGGAGCUGCGCGGGGCGAUGCCGGAGGCCGGCUGGAAGGCAGGGAGAGGAGCAGAGCCCGCGGCCGCCUGGCUGGUAGCCGGGGAGGGCAGGUUGGCAUCUUCCAGGAGGAAGGGCAGCUUGGAGGGUCUUCCUCCCACCGGGCCGACGCAGGGUGUCGGGCCCCUCUCCGGCAGCGCCGGCGGGGGCUGCGGUCAGCAGAGACGCUCCAUUUACACGUCUUGGUUGCAGGUAUCUUGCCAUCGCUUUUUUUUUAAGUCCGCCAUCACUUGCCUUUUUAAACGAAGUUGGGAAUAAAAACCCACAAACCAACCCACGUUUUUUAACACUAACGCAAAGGCCAGCACCCCCCCGUCUGCAUCGCGCGGCUGCUUUUGGGAGGGGGGGAUCCGGUGACGGUUUAAACCUCCCCUCUGCCCCCGCUGUGCCGUGGGUCCUGUCCCGGCACCAGCCUUAUGCCAGCUUUGUUGGUGACUCCCGGGAUUUCACCCCGUCCCGACGUGGGCGCCGGGGGAGACGGAGCGGAGGGAAGUGGGUUUCUCUCGUUGACCUCCCUCCGUGGCCGAGCGUGUCCCCAGCCCUGCUCCCCCCGCCCCGGCCCGGCCCCGCGCCGGGCAUCGGCCGGCAGCCCCGCCACAGCAGCAGGCGAUGCCUUUUUGUUGUUUUGUUUUUCUUUUUGUUUUUUUUUGGAAAAUCUUUUCAUCCGACAUAACUUCAAGCUCUCGGACGCCGCGUCUGUAGCAGGAGGCGAGCGGAGAGUGCUGAGGUGCGCGGGGGUUUUGCCGCAGCGGGGCUUUUCUCUUCUCCACGAGGGAAUUUCCUCUGUCCUUAAUCUAGUACAGUUCCAGCCUUAUUUUUCUACUCCAGAUUGCUGAAUUCUUCCUCUACGUUAGAGACCAGCGCAUGGUGCUAUAGCCGGUGACCCGGGUGCAGGUCAGCCAGAGAAACCCGCGCUCUGCGUGGCGGCGAGCGAGCGGCCGAGGGGACGGCGGGAGCCGGUCACGGCUCCUCCACUCGGCACCCGGCCAGGGGCUGUGUCCCCCCCUACCCCGUCACCGGCUGCCCGAGGGGGCUCCCCAAGACCCCCGGUCGGGCAGGCGCCAGCCCUUGGCAUCCCCCGGGAUCAGACGGGGCGGCUCGGAGCCCCGGUGCCAGGCGGUUUGUGUUGGGAUGCUCUGCCGGCAAACACCGCGGGAUGCUCUGCCGGAAAAUGCCAUGGGAUGCUCUGCCAGUGGGUGCCAUGGGAUGCUUUGCCGGCAAACACCGCAGGAUGCUCUGCCGGAAAAUGCCAUGGGAUGCUCUCCCGGCAAACACCGCAGGAUGCUUUGCCGGCAAACACCCUGGGAUGCUCUACCAGCAAAUACAAUGGGAUGCUGUGCCGGUGAAUGCCGCGGGAUGCUCUCCUGGCAAACACCACGGGAUGCUCUCCUGGCAAACUCCGCGGGAUGCUGUGCCGGUGGGUGCCACGGGAUGCUUUGCCGGCAAACACCCUGGGAUGCUCUGCCAGCAAAUACGAUGGGAUGCUGUGCCGGUGAAUGCCACGGGAUGCUCUCCCGGCAAACACAGUGGGAUGCUCUGCCGGAAAAUACCAUGGGGUGCUCUGAUGGCAAACACCGUGGGAUGCUCUGACGGUGAACGCCAUGGGAUGCUUUGCCAGCAAACUCCGCGGGAUGCUGUGCCGGCAAAUACGAUGGGAUGCUGUGCCGAUGAAUGCCACGGGAUGCUCUCCCGGCAAACCCCGCGGGAUGCUGUGCCAGCAAAGCCAGCCGGGCGCGCCACGCUCCAGCAGAGCGGGGUCACUCUGCCUCCUCCCUCGUCCUUCCGCCCCCGUGGGCCACGCUCAUCCCCGGUGUCUCGCCCGCGCGGUGCCGGGAUGGCCGGCGAGGGGCCAGGCAGCGGGUUUAGGUUCGGCGUACGGCUGGAGCCGGGAGAAGGGGAUUGGGAAGCGUCUCCUUGGGGUCCCCUGGGAGCCUGGGGACGGGGGGCUCCCGGCGCAGGGGGGGGCCGGCGGCGGCGGGGCGGGCAGGGACCUGCCGGCGGGUGCUGGUGUCUCUCAGUGGGUGAUUCGUUAGGUGGGAAAAAAUCCUCGAACCUUUCGUUUUAAUUUUUUUUUUAUUGUUAUUAUUAUUUUAUUUUUAUUUUUAUUUUUUUUUUCCUCGUCUGAGUAAAUCGGUGAUCAUACUGUAGAUGUUUUUGUAUGGCAUAAAUAUAAGUGCAAAUUACAGUAGUCGCUUGUACUUUGUUAGUGCAUUUGCCAAAAAAAAAAAAAAAUGUAAAAAAAAGAAAAAAAAAGGGGAAAAAAAUUUAAAAAAAAAAAAAAAAGACACUUUUCAGGACUUUUUAAGUGCUGCAGCUCACGGGGGCGGGGGGGGGAGCGGGAGCUGCCGACAGCCCCGGCUCCACAAAGGCCUUUUUCUGGCCGUAAAGACAUGCCCAAAUCUGCCCGGCGUUUCUUUUUAGCGUGUGGUGAAGCCAAAAAUAGAAAGGAGAGAGACAGAAAAAAAAAAGAAAAGGGAGAGAGGAAACGUUGCUUCUAUUUAAUUUUUUGGAUCCUUUUUUUCCUUGUCUUCCCCUCCCUGUCUCGGGGACCGUCCCGGAGCCGGGAGACACCCGUGGGGCUGGCAGGGUCCGGAGGAUCGGUGACGGUGACGGUGAUGGUGACGGAACCUCCGGAACCCGCAGCCCGGCAAAUCCCCCUUCCUCCAAGUACUUAAAAAGUCAACUUUAUUUAACAAAGUAAAAAUAACGCAUUUACUUCAUCGAACAGAAGCCACGCGUCUUGAUAACUUUGCGCUCUUCAUUUUUUCUCUCUGGUCUAUUAUUAAUUAUUAUUAUUAUUAUUAUUAAUUAUUAUUUGCCAAACUCUGAUCUUGUUGCCAAACGCCAAUCAAGGUUUGUAAAGACUGUACUUAGGGAGUAAUCGGUGUCUGUAACGUAGGCUCCUCAUAACGUCCGCAGUUUCGGAUCUCGGAUUUUGAUUUCUGGUGUGCCAUAGACCCAAUUUCUUGCACAGUGUUUAAUAUUUUGUGGACUUUGUUGUUAAGAAGUGAAUUGAUAACACAAUAAAAAAGCUCACUUUUCAUUUUG